AUGGUGAGUCUUAUACCAACACCAACCGUGCUGAAUUGCACAGGCAUUGUUGACGUGCUGAAGAGGUACUACCUGUCGCCGUCUUAUGGCAUCCAGUUUUCCAUCGGUUUCCCUGGAAACCUUUUGGUUAUACUUGGCUACAUAUUUUGUUUGCCGAAGUGGCAGAGCUGCAAUAUUUACCUCUUCAGCCUGGCCGUCUCCGACCUCUUUUUCCUCUGCACGCUGCCCCGCCUCUCGUACCUCUAUGCAAAUGACCAAUCAGAGACCAGUGCCUACGCUUGUGUGAUCAACCGCUAUAUCCUGCACGUCAACCUUUACUCGUCCAUCCUGUUCAUGGUUUGGCUCAGCAUGGACCGCUUCCUGCUCAUAAGACACCCAGCACAGAACCACUGGCUGCUGAGGCCACGGACAGCCCUGAUGGUCACUGGGCUGAGCUGGCUAGCAGUCAACGUGGAGGUUGCUCCAAUGAUAUCCCUGAUGAUCCACGACCUUCAGGGCCGAAACUGGAGCCGCUGCAUGGACUUUGCCAGCCUUAAAGGAGAUGUCGAUGCGUUGGGCUACAGCCUGGCGCUAACCUUCACCGGUUACCUUCUCCCCCUGCUUGGACUUUGCGUUUUUUCCUACAAAAUUGCACAUCUGCUACGCAACCAGGAACGAGCAAUGCAGCGCAGGACGCAGUCGUUCAAGCGGCCCCUCAGGGUUGUUUUAUGGGCCGCCGUCAUGUUCCUGGUUAUCUACACUCCCUACCAUGUGCUGAGGAAUGUCAGAAUAGCAUCUCAACAGGCCUGGGCAGGGUUUCAGCCGUGCACAAGGAAGUAUAUCGAGGCCAUGUACAUCGUGACCCGACCGAUGGCCUUCUUGCACAGCGUCAUCAACCCUGUGUUCUACUUCCUGAUGGGAGACAAGUUCAGAGAGCUUCUUCUCACUAAGAUGAGAACGCUGGUCAGGAAGAGGAAGCAGCAGAGGGAGCCGGCCUGAAUGAAUUUAACGCAAGCUUCCUACAUAUGAGACGCUUGUCAAUAUCGUAUGUCCAUGCUCCAAUGGAUCCAAUUUUUCAAUUAAAUAAAUACAUGACCUGCCCAGAAACAAUUGCUAUUUUAAGCAAGUACGACAGUACAGUGUGUGCUGUAUGUGCAGAUUGGGUUUGUAUUUUUUUUUAAAAGAAGCAUUACUGGUUAUUGUUAGAAAAAUACUCGACACCGGUGUAAAAUCAUUGAACAGAAACAAAGUAUCCUUUAUCGAACCGUUGGGGAAAUGAUUCUCUGCAAUUAACCGAUCGCACCCAGUGGGAGCAGUGUGCUGCCGGAAGAGGCGCCCGGGGAGCAGUUAGGGGUUGGGUUUCUCACUCAGAGACACUUGGAGACAUGGAGCAUCCUCUCUACUCCAUGCGCCAUUGUCGCCCCCAAGAAAUUGGUGGCAGAGGACAUUUAUUAAAUGCUUGCAAGCAUGAAGCAGAGUUGAAAUACAUACGUACAUGUCAUGC